GUGGUAGAGCGUUGUAUGGCCGACAGAGGGAGCGACAGCGGCGGCGGCGGUGGCGGCGGCGGCGGAGGAGGAGGAGGAGGCGGCGGAGGAGACGGUGAAGGAGGCCAAGGAAGGGAAGAGGGGGGCGGUUGUCUAGGGGGGGUGGGGGGUGGCUGCCUGUGCCCCUUGCUCUGCCCCCCGCCCCCCGGCCCCGAGGUGGCGGCGUCGCCCCCCCUGGACAGGUGGGCGCGCCUGGGGCACACCUGGCCGAGUUGACUCUCACGGACGCCCCUGAUUAGCACACCUGAGGCCCCCCCGCAAACCCCGGCCUCCCCCCCGCCAGGGAGCCCAGCGGGGGGGGACAUGUCAUCGGGGUACCAGAGCGGGGGGGGGAGCAACAACAGCCUGGCAGGGGGGGCGGGGGGCGGGGGGGUCGAGCCGGGUGGGGCCGAGCACACUACACCUGGAAUUGAUGACGACGAGGAGGAGGAGGAGGAGGACGAUCGGGUAGACAACUGGCCGGCCCCCCGCGCGCUCCCCUUCCCUCGGUGGGGGUGUGGGCGCCCCUCCCUGCCCCUCUCCAGCCUCCCCCAUUACGAGUCCUUCACGGCCCGCCUCGCCCCCCUCCUGCGCGAAGUCCUAUGCGACCAUCCCUACGACACCGUGUCCAACUUUGUCAGGUUCAGCGAGAGUUACCUGGCUUGGCGGGGAACUCAAUCUGAAGGAGGAGACGGAAGAGGAGGAGGAGGAGGAGGCAACCAGCUGUCUACCUUCUUCCGCGAGUACGAUCCACCCUUGUUACCUGGGAGACACACCUGCGUGGGCCUCACCUGUCUGCUGGAGACGCGGAUGGCGGCGCUGGAGACGGACUAUCCAGGCCUGAAGGACGCGACAUAUAAGGUCGGCUGCGAGGAGGAGGUACAAGACAUGCCCUGGUACUGCUCCACUUCCGUUCCACCUUCCACAUGCGAGAUGGAACACGUGUUACUGUGUGUGCGUGUGUGUGUGUGCGGGCGUCCGGGGGUGAUCCUUCUCGACCCUGGCUACCAUGUGGGUGAACCCGUUACCGUGAUGGAAGAUGGAAUGGAGCCGACGAGUGGAAUGGUGGAAGGUGGAACGGCCCUAUGUGGAGUGGAACGGAGAUAUAGGUAUAGAGCGUGGCCUCAGAACUCGGCUUUUGUGGAGUGGGAGGUGGAGGAGAGGAGAGGAGGUGGGGAGGUGGAAGAGGAGGUGGAUGACGGGAAGGAGGAGAAGGAGGUGGAGGAAGGGAGGAAAAAAGUGGAAAGGAAGAAAGAAGUGGAGGAAGGAGGAAAAGUGGAAGAGGUGGAAGAAGUGAAGACAGUGGAGGAAAAAUAUGUGGAAUGGAAGAGCGUAAGAAAAGAGGAAGAGGAGGAGGAGAAGAGGAGGAGGAAGAAAGUGGAGAGAAGAGAGAAGAAGAAGAGGAGAGAAGACAACGAAGAAGAAGAAGAAGAAAAGGAAGAAGAAAACGAAGAAAAAGAAGAAGAAGAAGAAGAAGAAGAAGAAGAAGAAAAGGAAGAAGAAGAAGAAGAAGAAGAAGGAAAAGAGGAUCACCACCACCACCACCACCACAACCACAACCACCAUCACCACCACCACUGGACCAGACUCACCAAUAUCAUUUACGUGGGCCAACCCUUCCUAUCCCCCCUCGAGGUUGCCGAGAGACGCAAUCUCGCCUACCCCUUCAAGAGCCUGGUAGCGCGGGGGGGGGGGAGGGGGGCGGGGGCUCACCUGUGGGGUAAAGUGGAGGUGGCAGCACCUUUCACACAGGAUGCUGACCUACUGGACGGCCUGCAACUACUGAACGAGGAUAUUGAGGAGAUUAGCAGGCUGAACUAG